AUGUCAGAAACAUCUUCUUCUUCAAUCACUGACACAAGGUCAGAGGUGUGGAGAACACGUGUAGGGUCUGCACUAAGAACCACCUUGGCAUGCACCAUAGCAGGUUGCACCUACCUUUAUGGGCCUGCACCACUCCGACGCUACCUCACAUACCCAGCUUUCACAUACUCAACCGCGCUCCUCAUAGUGUCAGAUGCUGCACUCGGUGACACACUAAGAGGUUGCUGGCACGUGCUUUGCGCGAGCAUCCAGGUCAUGAUACUCUCCCUGCUCGCUCUUCAGUUGAUUGGGCCACAAAACUUCACGAAUCUAGUGGCUGCACUGGCCAUGGCAAUUUCUGGUUUUCUCGUUGCGUUGCCUGUUGAAUCCACCCACUUGGUCACGAAGCAGAUAGCGUUUGGACAGCUAGUAAACGUUUACGUUAGGACUGCCAUAGAUGGUGCUGAAGAUAGAGUGGCCAUGCACACAAUUCAUGUGGUCUGCUCCACAGCCCUUGGAGCUGUCGCUUCUGUUCUCGCCAUGUUGCUUCCUUGCCCUUCCCCUCGCUUCGCCUACUCUCAGAAAAGGAAGUUGUGUGAACUAUAUAUCCAUAAUUUAUGUGAGAGGUUAAAUUGCAACAUAAAGGUGAUCUCUGCCUCAAACAACUCAGUUGUUGUUGGUUACUUUACUUUAGCCAAGUCUCUCUCUGCUACUGGAGUCAAGCUUCGACAAAGUAUUAGGAGUAAACUUGACACAAUGGAUUGGGAACAACCACAAAGAAGAAUUUUCAACUCCCAUAAGAUUGAUGUACAAGAUAAACUACAAUACUUGGAGUUACCGAUAAGAGCUAUGGGCAUUGCUCUGUCAACUUGUACCUUUCCUAAAAGGGUCAUCGAUGAGGAUCUCAAAGGUAUACUGCUGAAAUGUAGAGGAGAAUUCAACAAAAAAUUAAGCCAAGAAUCCAACUUGUUUGCUCAUUUUGAUGCAGCUGCAAUAUCAGAGAUGAAAAAAGACAUUUUUGCUAAAAAUUUGUUAAUGGCCUAUAAAGAUCUCCCAACCUCGUUCUUUUUAUAUUGCAUGCAUUUACUCCUACAGGACUCAUCAUCCAUUGUAAAUAAAAUGGAUCCCAUGCCGAUAAAAACUUCAAAAAAGGGUAAUUUUGAGUGGAGCAGCAACAAUAUUAAAGAGAUUGUGAUGAAUUUAUUUCCCUCAAAAACCAAUUUGGUUUUUCCACUUAAGGCCUCUCUUUCAUUAGGCUUUGCCAUGUUUCUUGGUUUGACAUAUAACAAGGAAAAUGGAUAUUGGUCAGGACUCACAGUUGCUCUCUGCUUCGUGACUGGACGACAUUCAACCUUCUCACUAGCAAAUGCACGUGGUCAAGGAACUGCAAUGGGAUCAAUCUACGGAGUUCUUUGUUGCUUCGUUUUUCAAAGAUGUAUGGGUAUAAGAUUCUUACCUCUUCUACCAUGGGUUUUUUUCUCUUCUUUUCUUAUGUACAGUAGAAUGUAUGGUAGAGCUGGUGGCAUUUCAGCAGUUGCAGGGGCUUUAUUAGUUAUUGGUAUAAACCACGAAGAAAAACCAAGUAAAUUUGCAUUUGUUAGAAUUGUUGAGGCCACAAUUGGACUCAUUUGCUUCGUUAUUGUAGAGAUACUUUUCAAUCCUUUUAGAGCUUCAACUCUAGCAAAAGGUAAACUUUCAGAAUGCUUGAGAUCUCUUCAACAUUGCAUUGACCAAACUAUCGUUAUUCCUAGUGAAAAAGAGAAGUCGUCUUCUUACUAUCAAGCAUCACAAGAUGAGCAUUUGAAGCUGAAAUCUGUAGUCGAUCAAUUAGAAGACGUCACGAUGGAAGCUGAAUUAGAGCCAAAUUUUUGGUUCAUUCCAUUUCAUAAUGGUUGCUACAGAAACAUGUUGGAAUCCCUGUCAACAAUGGUGGAUCUCUUACUUUUUGUGGCCUACUCAAUGGAAAAAGUUAGGCUAAUGUUGGAGAAAGAUGAAACAUUUUUUGUGGAUCUCUGCGAUCGAGUUAACGAGAAUGUGGGAAAUGUCAAGAACAAAGUAGGCCUCAUAUUGAACUGCCUUGAAAAGAUAACAAGGAUAGAGUCUUCUAAGGAACUUGAAAAUGAGUUAAAGAAUAUAAAUCUUCCUGUUGAUAUUGAUAUAGAGGAAUGCUCCAGGAAAGAUGCAUUUUGGAUAUGGAAUGGAGAUGAAGAGGUAAAAAAUAUUACUUAUUCUUUUCUCCAUGAUCUAGAGAAGAUGGCUAAUAAGGCUUGCAACAACACAGAUGAGGAGAUGCUUAAAGGUCAAAUGCUUUUUCAUUAUGGUUGUUUGGGAUUUUGUAGUAGUAGCUUGAUGAGAGAAACAAUAAAGAUUCACAAUCAAGUAAAAGAGCUACUUGUAUGGGAGAAUCCCUUAAGUCAAACAAACCUUAAUGGAGUAUUUCCAUAA